UAUUUAAAUGUAUACUAAUGCUGCUAAUUUCUUUUUAUUUUAUAUACAGACAUAUUCAGGCCUCUUCUGUGUAGUGAUCAACCCUUACAAAAACCUGCCAAUAUACACAGAACAAAUAGUGGAAAUGUACAGAGGGAAGAAACGUCAUGAAAUGCCUCCACACAUAUACGCAAUAUCAGAAACAGCCUAUCGUAGCAUGCUUCAAGAUCGGGAAGAUCAGUCCAUCCUUUGCACUGGGGAAUCGGGGGCAGGAAAAACAGAAAACACCAAGAAAGUCAUCCAGUACCUGGCUCAUGUGGCCUCAUCACACAAGGGACGUAAAGAACACACUGCUCCAGGAGAGCUAGAACAUCAGCUCCUGCAAGCCAACCCUAUUUUGGAAGCUUUUGGAAAUGCCAAGACUGUGAAAAAUGACAACUCUUCACGAUUUGGCAAAUUUAUCCGAAUAAAUUUUGAUGUCGCUGGAUACAUCGUUGGAGCCAACAUUGAAACCUAUUUACUGGAGAAAUCCCGAGCAAUUCGCCAAGCCAAGGAUGAAAGGACAUUCCAUGUUUUUUACCAGCUUUUAGCAGGAGCAGGGGAGCAUGUGAAAUCUGACUUACUUUUGGAGGGCUUCAACCAGUAUCGCUUUUUAUCCAAUGGAAACGUUACCAUUCCCGGACAGCAGGACAAAGAGAUCUUCCACGAGACAAUGGAGUCCAUGAAAAUCAUGGGAAUUACUCAUGAAGAAAUCAUGUCUAUGCUGAAGAUGGUAUCAGCUGUUCUCCAGUUUGGCAAUAUUGUCUUUCGGAAAGAGAGGAACACAGACCAGGCGUCCAUGCCAGAUAACACAGCUGCACAGAAACUGUGUCAUCUUUUGGGACUCAAUGUGACAGAGUUUACACGUGCCAUCUUGAUGCCGAAGAUUAAAGUUGGGCGUGAUUAUGUCCAGAAGGCACAGACUAAGGAACAGGCUGACUUUGCUGUGGAGGCACUUGCUAAAGCGCUCUAUGAAAGGCUCUUCCGUUGGCUGGUCCAUCGCAUUAACAGAGCGCUGGAUAGGACCAAGCGACAAGGUGCAUCCUUCAUAGGGAUCCUGGACAUAGCUGGCUUUGAAAUUUUUGAGCUGAAUUCAUUUGAACAGCUUUGUAUUAAUUACACCAAUGAGAAACUGCAGCAGCUCUUCAAUCACACCAUGUUCAUUCUGGAACAAGAGGAAUACCAGCGGGAAGGCAUUGAGUGGAACUUCAUUGAUUUUGGCCUGGACCUGCAGCCUUGCAUUGAUCUCAUUGAGAGACCGGCCAAUCCUCCAGGUGUCCUAUCCCUGCUGGAUGAAGAAUGCUGGUUCCCCAAAGCCACUGAUAAAAGUUUUGUGGAGAAGGUUAUCCAAGAACUUGGCACCCAUCCUAAAUUCCAGAAGCCUAGACAACUGCGAGACAAGGCUGAUCUGUGUAUAAUCCACUAUGCUGGCAAGGUGGACUAUAAAGCAGAUGAAUGGCUGAUGAAGAACAUGGACCCUUUGAAUGAUAAUGUGGCCACUCUCCUUCAUCAGAGCACAGAUAAAUAUACAGCAGAGCUCUGGAAAGAUGUGGAUAGAAUUGUGGGACUUGACCAGAUGAGUGGUAUGUCUGAUAUGGCAUUUGGCUCGUCAUACAAGACAAAGAAAGGAAUGUUCCGCACCGUGGGGCAGCUCUACAAAGAAUCACUAUCUAAGCUGAUGUCUACAUUAAGAAACACCAACCCCAACUUUGUCCGAUGCAUCAUUCCCAACCAUGAAAAGAGAGCUGGGAAACUGGAGCCUCACCUAGUCCUCGACCAGUUGCGCUGUAAUGGUGUUCUAGAGGGUAUCCGUAUUUGUAGACAAGGCUUCCCAAACAGGAUCAUCUUCCAGGAGUUCAGGCAAAGAUAUGAGAUUUUGACACCAAAUGCUAUCCCCAAAGGAUUUAUGGAUGGGAAACAAGCUUGUGCAAUAAUGAUCAAAGCUUUGGAACUAGAUCCCAAUCUGUAUCGCAUUGGACAGAGUAAAAUAUUCUUCCGUGCUGGAGUGCUGGCUCAUCUGGAAGAGGAGAGAGAUCUGAAGAUUACAGAUAUCAUUGUACUCUUCCAAGCUGCUGCCCGAGGAUACCUUGCCAGGAAAGCUUUUAUAAAGAAACAGCAACAAAUGAGUGCUUUGAAGGUGGUGCAGAGGAACUGUGCUGCAUACCUCAAGCUUAGACAUUGGCAGUGGUGGAGACUCUUUACUAAGGUUAAGCCAUUGCUGCAAGUGACCCGACAGGAUGAAGUAAUGCAGGCCAAGGUAGUUGAACUGCAGAAGGUGAAAGAUUACCAAGUAAAGACAGAGCAAGAGCUAAAGGACAUGGGAAGCAAAUACCAGCAGUUGGCGGAAGAAAAGUCGAUUUUGGCAGAACAGUUGCAGGCAGAGACAGAGCUGUUUGCAGAGGCUGAAGAGAUGAGAGCUAGACUUUCAGCAAAGAAACAAGAGCUAGAGGAAAUAUUACAUGAUUUAGAGUCCCGCGUAGAGGAAGAGGAAGAGCGGAAUUUGCAGCUGCAAAAUGACAAGAAGAAGAUGCAGACACAUGUACAGGAUUUAGAGGAACAAUUAGAAGAAGAAGAGGCAGCUCGACAGAAACUUCAACUAGAGAAAGUAACAACUGAAGGCAAGCUGAAAAAGAUGGAAGAAGAUGUUCUUCUAUUAGAGGACCAGAAUGCUAAACUCAGCAAGGAACGAAAGUUGAUGGAAGAUCGUAUUUCUGAGUUUACCAGUAAUAUGGCUGAAGAAGAAGAGAAAAUAAAGAGUCUGAGCAAACUUCGCAACAAAUAUGAGGCUGUCAUUGCAGAUAUGGAAGAUCGUCUCAAGAAGGAAGAAAAAGGCAGACAAGAGAUGGAGAAAUUAAAAAGGAAACUUGAUGGGGAAACAUCUGACUUACAAGAUCAGAUUCUAGAGCUUCAACAACAAAUUGAAGAACUGAAACAGCAACUGGCGCGGAAGGAAGAAGAGCUCCAGGCAGCUCUUGCUAGAGUUGAAGAGGAAGCAGCACAGAAGAACAAUCUGCUGAAACAGCUUCGGGAAAUACAGUCUCAGCUCUCAGAAUUACAAGAAGAUGUAGAGUCUGAAAAGGCUGCAAGAGCAAAGGCAGAGAAGCAGCGCCGGGACCUCGGGGAAGAGCUGGAGGCACUGAAGUCUGAGCUUGAAGACACUUUAGAUUCCACAGCUGCACAACAAGAACUUAGGACAAAACGUGAACUAGAAGUGACAGAUCUUAAAAAGACAAUUGAAGAAGAGACCAAAGUCCAUGAAUCUCAGAUUGUGGAAAUAAGACAGCGACACACACAGGCACUGGAUGAUCUCUCAGAACAACUGGAACAAUCACGCAGGUUCAAGGUGAACCUAGAGAAGAUGAAGCAGACCCUAGAGGGUGAGAAUGCUGACCUGGUAAAAGAAGUUAAGAAUCUUCAUGUAGCAAAAACAGGAUUCUGAACAGAAGAGGAAAAAAUUAGAAGGCCAGGUGUCCGAGCUUCAGAUCCGAACAUCUGAAAGUGAGAAGAUCAAGGCUGAGCUGGCAGAUAAGCUGCAGAAAGUACAGGCUGAAUUAGAUGGCAUAUCUGGUACGCUGGGAUCAACAGAAAGCAAGUCUAUCAAACUAACCAAAGACCUAUCAACAGUGCAGUCACAGCUGCAAGAUGCCCAUGAGUUGCUACAAGAGGAAACACGACAAAAGCUAAACUUAAGCUCCAGGGUAAAACAGUUGGAAGAGGAGAAAAAUAACCUAAUGGAGAACUUGGAUGAAGAGGAAUCCGUAAAGGCUCAGUUUAGUCGCCAGAUUCAGGCUCUCCAGCAACAGCUUUCUGAGUCAAAGAAGAAGAUGGAGGAUCAUGGAGGUGCUGUGGAUGGCCUAGAAGAGGCCAAGAAGAAAAUGGCCAAGGAGUUAGAGCUUAUGCACCAACGCUUUGACGAGAAACACCAAAUCAAUGACAAACUAGAAAAGACUAAAAACCGCUUGCAGCAAGAGCUGGACGACCUCAUGGUUGAUUUGGAUCAUCAACGACAAAUUGUUUCAAACUUGGAAAAGAAACAGAAGAAAUUCGAUCAGAUGCUAGCAGAAGAGAAGAACAUAUCAGGACGCUAUGCUGAUGAGAGAGAUAGGGUGGAAGCAGAGGCUCGUGAAAAGGAAACAAAGGUCUUGUCCCUCAGUCGAGCCUUAGAAGAAGCUCUUGAUGUAAAAGAUGAACUGGACAGACAAAACAAGUUGCUACGUGCAGAGAUGGAUGACCUCGUUAGCUCCAAGGAUGAUGUUGGCAAAAAUGUCCAUGAAUUGGAACGGGCCAAGCGAACUUUAGAGCAACAAGUGCAGGACAUGAAGACUCACAUAGAAGAACUAGAGGAUGAGCUUCAAGCCAUUGAAGAUGGGAAACUCCGUCUAGAAGUCAACAUGCAGGCAAUGAAAGCUCAGUUUGACAGAGAUCUCCAAAACCGCGAUGACUCCAAUGAUGAAAAGAAGAAACUCCUGAUCAAGCAGGUGCGCGAUCUGGAGGUGGAACUGGAUGAAGAACGAAAGCAGAAAGCCCAAAUUCUUGCUGGCAAGAAAAAAUUAGAAAUGGACCUUCAGGAAAUGGAAAAUCAAAUUGAUGCAGCUAACAAGGGCCGGGAAGAGGCAGUUAAACAACUGAAAAAA